AUGGCCACCGCCGCAGCCGAAUCGCAGUGGCUGGCCCAGCUGGCCGCCAUGCGCCAGGCUAUCGCCGAUCUCAAGCUUCCCAAGGAGAUCCCCCCCGAUUCCACAGGCUAUGGCAGCGAUCUGGACUUGGAUAUCGACGAAGCCUAUUCUUCUCCGGCAACCGUCGACGAUGUAUGGGACAUUAUCAGCUCGGAUGAUGAAACGACGGACGACUUGGAGGAUUUGGAUGGUCUGAUUCCCACGCAUACCCCGUCUCUCUACGACCGACUAUGGUUGGAAGACAAAUGCCAAGGCGUGGCUACUCGAAAUUCGGGCAUGGAUGCGUCAGAGCUGGCACAGCAAAUUCUCGCCGUGUUGGCUGCCGACAGCAACGAUGAAGAACUGCAGAUGUCUCUCGCGGAGAUCGUGGGAUUCGACGACCUGGAUCUGGUGAUUGAGUUGAUUGCGCAUCGCGAGGCAAUCCUGUCGGACAAGCCACCAAAAUUAGAGGCACAGACGGAUGGGCUGGCUGGACGACUGCAGACGCGAGCAGAGAGGGAACAGGCCUUGCGGCACCAAGACUUUGAACACAAACAUGCAUCCUUGAUGGCCGCUCAGACUCGAUCCGAGCCGGCGUAUCCUCAUGUGUUCAAGAUGCACGAUUCCAGAAAUCUUCUCGCCGCUGGGGGAAAGAAGUACGGUUUACCCGUUGGCAGUAAGCAGACCGAUGAGCCCAAAUAUACGGAAUUCGAGAUCCCAGCCUCGAAGGUCGGUACCCUGGGACGAGGUCAGAAACUGGUGGAGAUCGCCAGCCUUGAUGGGUUGUGCCGGGGUACUUUCAAAGGCUACAAAACUCUGAAUCGCAUGCAGAGUCUCCUUUACGAAGUCGCGUACAAAACCAACGAAAAUAUGCUGAUCUGCGCCCCCACCGGUGCUGGUAAAACGGACGCUGCCAUGUUGACGGUUCUCAACGCUGUCGGGAAGAACACUGUCCCCAAUCCAUUGGAAUACCCCGAUGCAACCGAUUUUGCCGUUCAGGUUGACGACUUCAAGGUUGUUUACGUGGCACCGAUGAAGGCUUUGGCCGCUGAAGUGACAGAGAAACUGGGCAAGCGCUUGGCAUGGCUAGGGAUCAAGGUCCGCGAACUGACUGGAGACAUGCAACUGACCAAGCGGGAAAUUGUGGAAACGCAGAUCAUCGUCACCACCCCCGAGAAAUGGGAUGUGGUGACCCGGAAAAGCACCGGAGACACCGAAUUGGUUCAGAAGGUGCGUCUGCUCAUCAUCGAUGAAGUCCACAUGCUGCACGAUGAGCGCGGAGCUGUUAUUGAAUCCUUGGUCGCCCGUACUCAACGUCAAGUGGAGAGUACACAAUCUUUGAUUCGUAUUGUCGGCCUGUCAGCGACACUUCCCAACUAUGUCGAUGUCGCAGACUUCUUGAAAGUCAACAAGAUGGCUGGUCUAUUCUUCUUUGACUCAUCAUUCCGUCCUGUUCCUCUGGCGCAGCAUUUCAUCGGUGUGAAAGGCAAGCCUGGCUCAAAGCAGUCUCGCGAUAAUCUCGACGAAGUUGCCUUUGAAAAAGUUCGCGAUAUGCUCGAACGAGGCCAUCAGAUCAUGGUCUUUGUACAUUCUCGGAAGGACACCGUCAUGACGGCCCGGAUGUUGAAGCAGAUGGCUGUUGAAAACGGCUGUGACGAUUUGUUCAGCUGCCAUGAGCACGAAAAUUACUCUUCUGCUCUUCGGGAUAUGAAGCAUGCGCGAGCUCGCGAGUUGCGAGAUCUGUUUGCGGGUGGUCUCGGAACGCAUCAUGCUGGCAUGAGUCGAAGUGACCGGAAUCUGAUGGAGCGGAUGUUUUCUGAAGGGUUGAUCAAGGUGCUCUGCUGUACAGCCACCCUUGCAUGGGGUGUCAAUCUUCCGGCUGCUGCUGUUCUCAUCAAAGGAACUCAGCUGUACAACCCACAGGAGGGUAAAUUCAUCGACCUGAGCAUUCUCGACGUAAUGCAAAUUUUCGGUCGUGCUGGUCGUCCUCAAUUCCAAGAUACUGGUAUCGGUUUCAUCUGCACUACUCAUGACAAGCUUCAUCAUUACCUUUCCGCAGUUACGGCGCAGCAGCCCAUUGAGUCGCGUUUUUCUAGUCGGCUCGUGGAUAACUUGAACGCCGAGAUUUCGCUGGGUACAGUCACGUCCGUCCCAGAGGCUGUGCAGUGGCUAGGCUAUUCCUAUCUUUUCGUGCGCAUGAGACGUGAGCCACGAAACUAUGGAAUCGAAUUUGCCGAGUUGCGCGAUGACCCAAUGCUGGUUCAAAGACGUCGUCAAUUGAUCAUCCAAGCAGCACGGGUUUUACAGAAGAGUCAAAUGAUCAUCUUCAACGAGAAGACCGAAGACCUGAGGGCCAAAGAUGUGGGCCGCAUCGCUAGCCAGUUCUACGUCCUCCAGACCAGUAUCGAGAUUUUCAACGAAAUGAUGCGUCCCCAAGCUAGCGAAGCAGACGUGUUGAAAAUGAUCAGUAUGAGCGGAGAAUUUGACAAUAUCCAGGCCCGAGAAAGCGAGUCCAAGGAAUUGCAACGUCUUCGAGAUGAAGUCGCGCAGACUGAGGUCGAUGGGGGCAAUGAUUCGCCGCAUGCGAAGACUAACAUCCUGCUGCAAUCCUACAUCUCACGUGCAAAGAUCGAGGAUUUCGCUCUCGUUUCGGACACAGGUUAUGUUGCCCAGAAUGCCGCUCGUAUUUGCCGUGCUAUCUUCAUGAUUGCACUGAACCGUCGAUGGGGCUAUCAGUGCCAGGUCCUUCUGUCGCUUUGCAAGUCAAUUGAGAAGCAAAUCUGGCCCUUUGACCAUCCGUUUCACCAAUUCGACCUGCCCCAGCCAGUUCUCAGAAACCUGGACGAGAAGCUCCCAUCAUCUUCCGUCGAGUCCAUGAGGGAAAUGGAGCCUGCUGAGAUUGGACAGCUAGUCCACAAUCAGAAGAUGGGAAAGACACUUUCGAAGCUGCUCGAUGACUUCCCUACAAUUAGCAUCGAAGCUGAAAUCGCACCGCUCAACCGCGACGUUCUGCGCAUUCGCCUUUCCAUCUAUCCUGAAUUCACUUGGAACGAUCGUCAUCAUGGUUCAUCGGAGUCAUUCUGGGUUUGGGUCGAGAAUUCUGAGACAUCCGAGAUCUAUCAUCAUGAGUAUUUCAUUCUCAGCCGGAAGAAGCUUUACGAUGACCAUGAACUCAACUUCACCAUUCCUCUUUCUGAUCCGCUGCCAAGCCAGAUCUACGUUCGUGUGAUCUCCGAUCGCUGGCUAGGCGCAGAGACUGUGAGCCCGAUCUCCUUCCAACAUUUGAUUCGACCAGACACGGAGAGCGUCUACACUGAUCUUCUCAAUCUCCAGCCGCUUCCAAUCAGCGCUCUGAAAAAUCCCAUAUUGGAGGAGAUUUACGGGCAACGCUUCCCCUUUUUCAAUCCGAUGCAAACACAGAUCUUCCACCUGCUGUAUCAUACAUCGGCUAAUGUCCUCCUUGGCUCACCAACUGGUAGUGGCAAGACCGUGGCUGCCGAACUGGCGAUGUGGUGGGCCUUCCGCGAGAAGCCUGGCUCAAAAGUUGUGUACAUUGCACCUAUGAAGGCCCUCGUGCGAGAACGCGUGCAAGACUGGCGCAAACGUCUGACAGCGCUUAUGGGAUUGAAGCUAGUCGAGCUUACUGGUGAUAACACCCCUGACACCCGGACUAUCCGAGACGCCGAUAUCAUUAUCACGACGCCUGAGAAGUGGGACGGCAUCUCUCGUAGCUGGCAGACCAGAGAUUACGUGCGGAAGGUGAGCCUGGUAAUUAUCGACGAAAUUCAUCUGUUGGGCGGCGAUCGAGGCCCGAUUCUGGAGAUCAUUGUCUCUCGUAUGAACUACAUCGCUUCUCAAUCCAAGGGCUCGGUUCGACUCAUGGGCAUGUCAACUGCCUGCGCCAAUGCCACGGACCUCGCGAAUUGGCUUGGAGUCAAGGAAGGCUUGUUCAAUUUCCGGCACUCCGUUCGCCCGGUGCCUCUUGAGAUUUUCAUUGAUGGUUUCCCUGAGCAGCGUGGUUUCUGCCCGCUUAUGCAGUCGAUGAACCGCCCGACCUUCCUUGCCAUCAAGAAUCACUCGCCUGAGAAACCGGUGAUCGUCUUUGUGGCUUCUCGAAGACAGACUCGUCUGACUGCCAAGGAUCUGAUCAAUUAUUGUGGAAUGGAGGAUAAUCCUCGUCGGUUUGUCCGAAUGUCUGAGGAUGAUCUGGAAGUAAAUUUGGCACGAGUCAAGGACGACGCUUUGAGGGAGGCCCUCAACUUCGGCAUUGGCUUGCACCAUGCUGGUCUGGUCGAGUCUGAUCGACAAUUGGCCGAAGAGCUCUUUGCAAACAACAAGAUCCAAAUCCUCGUUGCGACAAGCACACUUGCGUGGGGUGUCAACCUCCCCGCCCAUCUGGUCGUCGUCAAAGGCACCCAGUUCUUCGACGCCAAGAUCGAAGGGUAUCGCGACAUGGACUUGACUGAUGUUCUGCAAAUGCUCGGUCGUGCCGGACGUCCGCAGUUCGACACUUCAGGCAUCGCUCGCAUCUUCACUCAAGAUUCCAAAAAAGCUUUCUACAAGCAUUUCCUGCAUACUGGUUUCCCGGUAGAAUCAACAUUGCACAAGGUCCUUGAUAACCAUCUUGGUGCCGAAGUGUCCGCUGGAACAAUCACUACGAAGCAGGAUGCCUUGGAUUACCUGACCUGGACGUUUUUCUUCCGUCGUCUGCACAAGAACCCAUCGUACUAUGGACUCGAAAUUUCGGCAGAAGAACAAAACACAAUGUCCGCACAGAGCAUCGCGCAGGAUUUCAUGAUUGAUCUGGUCGACAAAUCCCUUGACGACCUGGCUGAAUCCUCCUGUGUUCUCAUUGACUCUGCCACGGGGGAGUCGAUUCUACGCCCUUUGACUAUCCUUUACCUCAUGUCUCAUGCCAAACGCGAUCCGACUUUCCAGGAUGUUCUCAGUUGGAUGUGCUCCGCCACCGAAUUCGAUGAGUUGCCUGUCCGUCACAAUGAAGACUUGAUCAAUGCCGAGCUGGCCCAGAACCUACCGCUUUCCAUCGAAUCAAUGGGCGAUCUUCCGAUGUGGGACCCUCAUGUCAAGGCCUUUUUGUUGCUGCAGGCUUACAUGUCGCGAAUUGACCUUCCCAUCUCUGAUUACGUCGGUGAUCAAACGUCAGUCUUGGAUCAAGGUAUCCGUAUCAUCCAGGCCUCCAUUGAUGUCAUGGCGGAACUAGGCUACCUUCCUGCGUGUCAGACGUUGAUGGCUUUGCUUCAGUCUAUCAAAUCGGCUAGGUGGCCCGAGGACCACCCAUUAUCGAUCCUUCCUGGUGUCGCCACUGAGAAGCCACCUCGGGGACUUCCUGAUUCGCUUGUUGCGCUCUCAUGUCAGCCUGCAGCUUCGGUCUCCUCCUUGGUUAACAAGCUCUCUCUUCCACAUCAGUUCACUCGGGCUACUUCCCAGCUACCAGAGCUCUCUGUUUCAAUUGCUGGGAUUUCUUCUCGCGGUGUAACCGUGUCUGUCGUACGACGAAACCCAGGCUUAAAUCCAGAGUACAGGAUCUAUGCACCUCGGUUCCCCAAGCCGCAAACAGAAGGUUUCUUCCUGGUUGUCUGCAGUGCCAUGCCAGAUGGCAGUGACGGCGAACUCCUUGGACUGAAGCGAGUAUCCUGGCCGUCCAAUCGAAAUGGCGGCAGCAAUGAUAAGAAGACGCCCGGAACUGGUUCUAGCCGCAACACAUCGAACCAGAAGGGCAAGAACAGCAGUGGUUCGCUAACGGUUCGCUCUUCGGUCAAGUUCCCCGACGAAGCUGUGGGUACCACCCGGGUGAAUGUCAAGAUCAUUUCCGACGCGUACAUUGGGAUGCAGUGGAUCUUGUCGAAUGUAGAGGUCAAUCUGGAUCACGGCAAGGAGACCCAGAUGGUAUCAGAGCCCAGUGCUCCUCUUAAAGACUAA